AUGGCUGAUUGCGAGGAAUCUAAUGUCUGCUGUUGUACACUCUUUUGUUGUGGAGAGGCCAGGAUAGCCUCGGCUAUUAUUGUUGAUGAAGGUCUCUGGCAGACCGUAGUCGCUUGCCCAGCCGAAUGUGGCAUUACGACUGCUGGCUGUUUCUGGAACGGCGCAGAGCGUCUUGCUUGUCCUGAGUACGAGGUCCAAUGCGAGGGAGAAGAGCAAAGGAGCUGCCGGGUUGUGUUCUACACGGUGGAUCCUCGGAGUUUGGUGCCCGUCGGCCGUCCGGGUGCCCGGCUCUUUCGAGACGGUCAUGGAGAGGUGGUCUUCCCUUCCGUGCCAUCGGUAGCGCAGAGCUUCUACGGCCCAGCAGAGAUGAAUGCCCUACACGUCCAGACGUUGAGACCUGGCAAAGAAGCACUCGGCUACUAUGAGGUAGCCAUUGGGGCUCCGCGAUCCUUCUUCACACGCAACAGCUUGGUGCUGAUCCCGAACUUCCUCAGUCAGCUUGACUGCCAGCUCCUGUGGGCAGCCGUGGAUCAGAGGGUCGCUUUGCAGCCGGCGGCAGCAAAGCUAGCGUCAUCAGAGUCGUACGCCUCCUGCCGCGAGGGCCUCGACCGUCUUCCGCUGUCUGAUCUGAGCUCCGGGGCUCAGGGGGUGUCGGAGCAGAUCCUGGUACGGCUGCUUGGCUUCUUCGAGGCUUUACCCUCCUUGGCCCAGCAGGUCUUUGAGAGGACGACCGGCUUAGCCGGGCUCCGCUUCGCUUUCGCCGCCGGCGAGCCGGCAGUGAACCGGUACGAGGUGGGAGGAGGCUUUGGCCCGCACAAAGACGAGGAAAUGGUCACUGUCAACAUCGUCCUCUCGGAGCCGGACGCCUUCUCCGGAGGAGGCACCUUGUUUUGGCCAGAGGAGGAGGCGGCGGAGGAACUGGUGCUCCUCCGUCCGCAGCAGGGAGUUGCGGUGCUCUUUCAUGGACAGCUGAAGCAUGCCGGCAGGGCGGUGACCAAGGGCCUGAGGCAUCUUUAUGUGGCCAGUUUCAGUCUCACAGAGGAAGGUGCCGAGAAAAGAACGCCUGGGAAGCGCAGGGAGAUGGCCGGGAAGCCAUGUGUUUUUUAG